AUGGAUAAUAACGCAAAGAGGAUGAUGGAGCUAAAAAAGGAGUCCUACUUUGAGAAAGACCAUUUUUCUCAUCUAAUCCAACUUCCUGGCAUCACUUACUUCUCUUCCAACGACUUUGUGGAUUUCAAGUCAAGGGAAUCUACUUAUAAGCAUCUUUUAGAGGCAAUUAAAGAUGGAAAGAACAAGGUGAUCGGACUCUGUGGUAUGGGCGGUUCGGGUAAAACCACUUUGGCAAAAGAAGUGGGGAAGGAGGUGGACAAGUUGAAGAUUUUUGAAAAGGUCAUCAUGGUCAUUGUUUCAAAACCUCUAAAUGUUACAAAAGUCCAGCAAGAUAUAGCAGAGCAAAUAGAUUUGAAAUUUUCAGAGGAAACUCCAUUGGCCAGAGCACAAAGGCUGUCAAAUGGAUUGAAAAAUAAGAAGAUUCUUAUAAUCUUGGAUGAUGUGUGGGAAUAUCUAAAGUUUGAAGAUAUUGGCAUUCCACUUGUGGAAGGUUGUCAGAUCUUGUUAACAACUCGCCUUCGCAAUGUAUGUGGCUCUAUGGGUUGUGAGACUAUUGAACUGCCUUUGAUAACUAGGGAGGAAGCAUGGGAAUUAUUCAAGAAGCAUGCAAAUCUAUGCAGUGAUUCCUCUAAUAUGUUUGAUGACAUAGGAAGGAAAAUUGUUAACGAGUGCAAGGAGCUACCGAUUGCAAUAGUAACAGUUGGAAGGUCCUUAAAGAAAAAACCUAUUAGAGCAUGGGAGUCAACACUAAGGAGACUACAACGCAGUCAGCCGUUAAAUGUUGAAGAAGGUUUGACCAAUGUUAAUGCAUGUCUAGAAUUGAGUUAUGAUGGUUUGUCAAGUUCAAUAGCCAAGUCACUCUUCUUAUUAUGCUCUAUGUUCCCUGAAGAUCAUGAAAUUCAUAGAGAGGAUUUAAUUCGAUUUGGUAAGAGGACACUUGAGCUAGAGGAGUCUAUUGUCACAAUGAAGGAUGUAAGGGGAGAGAUUUUAGAUGCUCUAGACAUCUUGUUGGAUUCUUGUCUGUUGAUGAGUAUAGAAAAGGAAGCAUAUGUGAAAAUGCAUGAUUUAGUUCGAGAUGUAGCUUUGUGGAUUGCAAAGAAGCAACGCCAAGCAAUUUUGGUGGAUGACCAAGCAAUUUCAAGCAUGUUCAUUGAUAGCUACCAAAGUUUGAAAGAUACAAAGGCAGUGUCAUUAUGGAAUUUGAAUAUGGAUUUCGAGCUCUAUAAACAAUUGCAUUGUCCAAAACUUGAGAUUCUGCUACUUCAACCUCAUGGGUUUAUUGCAAGUAUCGGAGCAAUAGAAUCACUCAAAGUCUUGGCACUCAUAACAGAUGGCUUUAAAUGGAGCAGGCGGGGAUCAACUUUUCGCUCAAUCACUAUCCCGCAAUCAAUUGUAUCAUUAACAAAUCUUCACACCUUGUGUUUUAGAGGGAAAAAAUUGGGUGACAUCUCUUUUUUGUGUGAAUUUAAAAGAUUGGAGAUUCUUGACUUACACAGUUCUCUAUUUGAUGAAUUACCUACUGGAAUUGCAUACAUGAAAAUGCUGAGACUUUUGGAUAUAUUUAGAUGUCAAAUUAAGAAGAGCCCUUUAGAAGUAAUUGGAAGGUGUGAGCAGCUUGAAGAAUUAUACUUUUGGGAUAAUAAAUACGGUGUUCCAAAAAAUGUCUUCCUUUCAGGGUUGAAGAGGUAUGUUCUCUAUGACUCCACAUGUAGUAUAAUUGGUGCAUAUGGAAAUGACCCUUUUCCAGAAUCUUUGGAUAGUUGUGGUGAAGAAUUAAGAGCUUUAUCUAUACAAGGCUUUAGAGUCUCUACUUUGAAUUCAUCAAUGAAAGAUCUCAUUCUUAGAGCAAACCACCUUUGGCUAGAUAAUUCAUCUCCUUGUCCUUCACUGGAGACUAUACGCAUACACAAUUGCUUUGAAUUUGAGAGGCUCAUUGAUGAAGAAGUUGCACAUGGGGAUCCAUUACUUCAUGAUAUGCAAGACUAUCAACAGGAACAUGAAAAUGACACAGUGAGUGUGGUAAAGUCAGAAUUAUGUUUCAUGUGGUUAGCUUACCUACCGGAAUUAGAAUAUAUUUGGAAAGAUCCCAUACAAAUUUUGAGCCUCCAUAGACUUGAAAGCAUUAAACUGUGGGGAUGCCCAAGACUAAGAAAUAUGUUCAUUCUUGCUAUUGUUACAAGCCUUCCAGAGUUGAGGUAUCUUGAUGUAAUACGAUGCAAUGAAUGGGAGGGAAGAUUUUGUGAAGAGUCACUUAAGAAUCUAUCUACUACUUCCACUGUUUGCUUCCCCAAACUUGAGAGCAUUCGUAUAAUUGAUUGCCACAAAGUGAGAAGGGUGUUCUCAUAUUCUCUGGCAUCUCAUUGUCCUUCAUUGGAGAAAAUAACUAUAAGGAAUUGCUCUCAACUGGAGAGGGUUGUUGAAGCUUAUGAAGGUGAAGUAGCUGCUCAUCAUCAAAGGCUGUUUCCUAAACUGAAUUAUUUGAGUCUCUGGAAUUUGCCAAAGUUGAGAGAGAUUUAUGAAGGUUAUGAAUUUAGCCACCUUUCUGCUACUAUAAGAAUAGAAGAUUGUCCAAACAUAUCAAAAAUCUCAAAAAUCCCAUUAGAAGACAAGCCCUCGUCAUCAGGUUCGUAG